UCUCUUUCUGGCUUUAGGGUUUGUGUUGGCUGCUCUCGGAGAAAAGCUUUGAAGCACAGAAAGCCCUAUCUCCAUCACUGCCACUAUGGGUCGUAUGCACAGCCGCGGUAAGGGUAUCUCCGCCUCAGCCCUGCCGUACAAGAGGACUCCGCCGAGUUGGCUCAAGAUCUCUUCUCAAGAUGUUGAUGAGAACAUUUGCAAGUUCGCAAAGAAGGGUCUUACGCCGUCGCAGAUCGGUGUGAUUCUUCGUGACUCUCACGGUAUUGCUCAGGUCAAGAGUGUCACCGGAAGCAAGAUCUUGCGUAUUCUCAAGGCUCACGGUCUUGCUCCUGAAAUUCCCGAGGAUCUGUACCAUCUUAUCAAGAAGGCGGUGUCAAUUAGGAAGCAUUUGGAGAGGAACAGGAAGGAUAAGGAUUCCAAGUUCAGGUUGAUUUUGGUCGAGAGCAGGAUACACAGGCUUGCUCGUUACUACAAGAAAACAAAGAAGCUUCCUCCAGUGUGGAAGUAUGAAUCAACAACUGCCAGCACUCUUGUUGCUUAGGUUAGCUAUGGUUAACUCGGUCGCAGUUUUGGAUAGCAUGGAUUACUACAAUGGACGGAGAAGAUGAUUUUCUUUUUAUUUCUGAAUGUGGAGCUUUAUAGUUCAUGAAUGUUGGGAUGUAUUGUUCUGCUUUUUCGAAUCUUGAUGGAGGAGAGCAGGAGAGCAUGAAACAUAAUUUGUAUCUGACUUGAGAUGUCUACUUCUUUUUGCUCAUCGUGUUAUGAAUUGUCUGAAAAACCUUGGCAAAAGCAAACGUUUAGUCUUAACUAAAUGGUUGAACCUAUUUAUGUUUUAAUUUACAUUGGAAGACGGAGUUAGUGUUUACA